AUGGUUCACCUUGCAUCCUCUUUUCGUUUGCAACUAAUUGAGGUUAUGGUCAAGUCACGCAAUCAUGUUUGUGUAACAGCAAACGAUGAUUUUGUGGACACCAUAUCAAGCCCCGGCAUGUGUGGAAUCAGACGCACUGUUCACCAGAUUAACAAUGAGUGUGAUAUUGAUUUGUUGCCAAACUAUUGUCCACAUGAUGAAAAUACAUUCUUAUCAGCACCACGGGCUAACAGACUAACUCAUGUGGGGCAGAGUUUCGAAGGUGGUGCAACUGAGUUUCGAACAGUACUUUGCAAAUAUGCGGUGGAAUGUGGUUUUGAAUUCAAGUACCUGAAAAAUGAUACAGUUAGAAUUACCGCUGUGUGUUCGUUGCGAGAGUCGAAGGGUUGCACAUGGUUGGUACAUGAGCGAGUUUUGGAUGCUAAUGGUUUUUUCUACCUUCGCAAAUGGAACAGUCAACACAUUUGUGGCGUCGUUGUUCGUACAGUCAACAACCGCCGUUUUGGAUCAGACUUGGUCUCCGACAUCUUUGCACAUCGUAUCCGCGACAAGCCUUUGACUAGGCCUACUGAUGUUGCAUUUGAUUUGAAAAAAAAUUACGGCCUCGAAAUAAGUUGCCGCGUUGUUUGGUUAGGUGUCGAAAAAGCUAGAGAUGAGUUAUUUGGGGCCCAAAGCGCAUCUUUUGAUCAGCUACGGUGGUACAGUGGGGCCGUAACGGAACACAACCUGGGUACUUAUAUCAAUAUUGAUUGUGAUGAGCAUGACAAUCGGUUUGAACGUUUUUUUAUAUCAUUCAAAGCAUGCAUUGACGGAUUCAAACAUUGCCGACCAUCACUUUUCCUAGAUGGCACUUUCUUGAAGGGGAGGUUCAAAGGGAAUUUACUUGCUGCCACAUCUAAGGAUGGAAACCGAGGAUUGUUUCCAGUCGCAUUUGCGAUUGUAGGUGCAGAAAACGCAACAAACUGGUCAUGGUUUCUACAACAUCUUCGUAAUGCACUCGGUGAUGACAGAACAUUUACAUUCAUAUCAGAUCGGCAUGUUGGCCUCAUGGAGGCAAUGCCCAUUAUCUUCCCAAAUGCUCACCAUGCGUUUUGCAUGCAACACCUUCAGAGGAACCUCAAAGACAAACUGAAAUAUAUGAACAAUUUCCAUCGGAUUGCGUUGAUCACCAAGUUCAACAACUGCGCUUACGCACCGAUUGUUACUGCAUUUGAAGAGAUGGUAGAAAAGUUCACCAAUUCUGGUAAGAAAAUUACAAUUGAUUUCCUCGGAAAUCUACCUCCACAACAUUGGGCGAAUGCUUAUUUCAGGUGUGUACCUUAA